UUUUACCAUAAAUGAAUUCCUCAUCUCAAAAAGUAGACUCGCAAGAUAUCAACAGGACUAUUAUCUGAAAGAAGAAGAUCCCUUGGGGCAAAAAAGGAUUUUCUAAUAAUUCCAAAGAGAAAAGAGGACCUGAAGGGUCCAUAGAAAUAAACAUAAAUCUGCUAGAGAACUACAGCAUCCUGCAGAAGUUCUGCUCAAAAGCGGAUACCAAGGACAUUGGCGAGAGUGAUUCCGAUUUCGUCACAAAUUCCUCAGUAAAUGGCGGUCUUUCUCAGUCUGAAAGGCAAAAUGAGAGUAAAGACAGUAGCUCUAAUACUUUCUCUUCAGUAGCAGGGACACUCAAAGAUUGUUCUUUUAACCUCGGAGAUUUAGAAAUACCUAUAAAAAGGAACCCUAAGGUUCAUAAAAACGGAAACACGACUGAGUUGGUACAAAAGAAAACACCAAUAUCUAGGAAGAUUAGGAAUAAUGGCACAAAGAGUCUCUCUGCUUUUAUUAAAACCUCUCAACAGAUCUCAGAUAAAAGGAUGAGCUCUAAUAAAGAGCGGAGUUAUAAACUAAUCAACACAAAUUCUAGCAAGAAUCUUCUUAGCAAAUUCAACAAGACUAAGGAAGAUAGCAGCCUAGGUUCUGAAAAGAAAGUAGAUAAAGCAAUGAUCAAUAAAAUCAGGUCAUUCGAUACCAAAUUCAAAGGGUUUAUUAGCAACAAGAAAUCUAUACAUCUUAACUGAGAGAGGAAUAAUUCUAAGCAUACCGACAGCACAGAAAUAUUGAAUUUAGAUUGUCGAAAUAAAUCUGCCAAUAGAAAGAAGUAUUUAAAGUCUAAGUUCAAAUCAAAGAAACUAGGGAUUUAUAACAAGAGCUUGAAAACGAGCCAUACGAGAUCCAGGAAUACCUUGCCUUUUGAGUAUAAACAAUCAAGAACAAUAGCUUCCAAAUAAGAACAUAGUGGAUUCAUUCAUAAGGACUCCCCAAAUCUUGGGCCAUUCUUCAACUCAAAGUCACAUCUCAUGAAAAAUUCCUCUUAAACCAAGUCCAAGUAAAUUCCUCAAACUAGGCGCUUCAGCUCAUCGGCUUGACUCUAAGUUCCACUACGGAGGGACAAAAAUGAGUAUAAAGAACAUAAAGGACAGGGCACAGGCUCGUAACUCCCAGAGCCAUACUACAAAACUACAUUUUAGCCAUACUGAAGGGUCGGCUCAGAAGCAGAGCAUUGACUCUCUCCGAUCAGGAAUUCAAGGUCUUUCAAGCCAGAAGAAAAGACAAAAAGUUUUAGUUAAGGCCAAGUCUAAGUAGAAUUCGCCCUUCUUCUUCCCAAAAACUCUUAUUUAACACACACAAAAAGUUCCCAGCUAGACCUCAUCUUUCUUCAUUUCCCCACCAACAAAGUGGUAAUAAAGCUUUCAGCAGUAGUAUUAACAAGGAUACUCAAAAUACAAAAUUAAUAAAUGUUCCAAGAUCAUCCAUCCAAUAAACUAUACCUAAUUCUGCAGCUCUCCAGUAC